AUGUACACGUUGACCGAGGACUUUUUAAAGGUGCAGGGCACAUAUUUUCGAGUUUUGGGAUUUGACAUAGUCGAUGGCAGAAAUGGUUGGCUGCAUCCGUGUAGAACUACUGUGAUGAUGACUGCAUUGAUUGUAGUACAGCCUAUGAUUGUGGUUUUCGUUCUACAAAAUGUGGAGAACUUGGAUAAUCUAACCGAUGGCAUUGGAUCAAUGCUUGUCGAUCUCUUGGCGCUGUUAAAGUUCAGUAUAAUUAUGUGGCUACAGUGCAUAGAUGAGGUGUCGGCCUCCAUCAUCAGACAGGAGAAUCAAAGCGAGCAACGUGUGAGUGGCAUUUACAAGAACAGCUUUAUGCUAACCGCAAUACUCUCCUCUCUGAUGCCCAUUGUGAACACGAUUAUUUUCUAUUGGCAGACUGGCAAUGUGGAGCUGCAGCUGACCUUUCCCUGCGCGUAA